AUGGUACCCCUUCUUCUGCUGCCAUACGUACUGCGAAUCGUCAUCAAAAAAAGCGUCAACAACAGGAAAAUAAGCAUACCCUCUCGCAAUUACGCUCCCAAAAUCAGCUACAAUUCCAGAGAAAUCAACAAAAUCCAGCCCUCUCGCAAUUACGCUCCCAAAAUCAGCUACAAUUUCAGAGAAAUCAACAGAAUCCAGCCCUCUCGCAAUUACACUCCCAAAAUCAGCUACAAUUCCAGAGAAAUCAACAAAAUCCAUGGCAACGUCGAGAUCCCACACUCUACAACAUAA